AUGUCAAUCUGUGGAGUUUCGCAGCUCUUCAGCACGGACCUGAACGAGUGUCCACCCGAGUGUCCGUUCUGGGCCCCGAGCUCGGUGUGGAAGUACAUCGGAGUGUGCUCGAAGAGCGCAAAUUGCGAGCUGUACAAUCCGACGUUACACUUUGCAGACGUAAACAAUCACGUUUGCCUGCCCUGUAACGUGUUCGGGUGUAUAUCCUGCGCGUACUCAAACGCUGACGAUUCCAUGACUCCCAUCACGGACAAGUUUAAAAAAUUGCCAGAUUUUUGCAUAGAAUGCGCAAAGGGGUACAAAAGGUCCGAUGACGGCCAGAUGUGUUACUUGGUGGACGGUAGCAUAUGGCCUAAGCUCCUGAGGUACCUGGUGGCCCUCGUUUUGAUUUCUAUCGCAGUUUUAGUAGCCAGGCUGCUCAUGAACAGGGAAAAGAUGAAGAAUAACUUCAACAGUCUGCUAUGCGCACUCAAACAUCAGCAGAAGAAGAUGUUGCGGAAGUCUGAACCGGGAGGACAGACCCUGUACGAUUUAUCCAUAGACGUGAGGAAAAAUAACAUUUCAGGCAUCGGCCUGAUGCUGUACUUCAGAGGCCUGGUCUUCUUCAGCUCAGUGAUGGCGCUCCUGUUCUUCUCGAGCCUCGCGCACGUGCACAUCCCGUGCUCGAAAAUGAUUCGCAUCUUCAAGGAGCCGUUCAGAGUGUACUACCUGUCUAUCUCCCCGGACGAAGAGCGGACGUUCAUAUCUAACUUCUUCAGCGAAAACGUAAACAAGCUGGUCGACGACAUCUUCAAUUUCAAGAGCGUCGACGAGGCGAUCAACUGGAACGUCGUGGCGUACUCGAAGGAAGUCUCGUCGGUGAUGAACGUGCUCUACAUAUCGAUCAUGGCGAUGACCGUGGUCUACCUCGUCUCGCAGAAGCGAGUAAUAAAGACGUACACGAGCAGCUCGACGAAGCUGAAGGACCUGACGCUGGUGCUGCGGAACUUGCCGAAGUCGCUCACGAUCGAGAGUGAAAUCGCAGACAUGAUCUAUGAGUCCUCAGGAGUGAAGCCGGCGUCAAUCACCAUAUGCUACGACCUGAAGCGCCACAAGAAGGAAAUCGAUAAGCUGCUCGAAAGCGUGGAGGACAUGAGUACGGAGGAGGACGGAUACAUUAAUUUUAACUGCGUGGAGGAGUUCAACAGAACCUUUACCGACCUCGAGAGCUCCGGCGAGUGUUUUGUGACGUUCGAGAGCUCGAGCGACCUGAGAGCCGCGCUCCACAACUUCAAGAGCGGCGCCAUAGGGGUCGAGGCGUGCGACGUGGAGCCCGAGAACGUGAUGUGGGAGAACAUCGGCUACGAGAAGAACAUCAACGGCAAGAUCCUGGGAAUCUCGGUGGUCACGAUCGGCUGCCUGACCGUGUACAGCGUGGUCUUCUUCGUGCCCUACGCAGUCUACUCGAUCAGCUCGCAAAUGAAGCACCUGCUCGAGGUGCUCGUGGUGAGCCUGUUCCUCGACUGCGGAAACACCAUCGUCUCCGUGGUCCUCCGGAGCCUCAUAGCCAGGGCGGGCAUCAUCAACAGCGACGUGGUCGAGGGCUACCUCAUGUUCUGCAGCUACUUCAUCAAGCUGCUCAACAUGUCGCUCAACAUCGUGCUCUCGCACAUCAUCAACUACGGCGGCAUGCACAAGCUGCUCUCGCUCUUCGGGAGGCAGUCGAGGCUCGACACUCCGACCUUCCGCGUCGGCGAGGAGGUCUCCUUCAGCGUGAGCUUCAGCAUCUACAUGGUCAACGUGCUCAUCAUCAUCCCGAACGCGUUCUUCGUCUUCGAGCACUACGUCCUUCCGCUCGUCAACUCAUUCCUCGUGCUCACGCUCGACUUCGACGUGCGCAGGGCCUCGAGGCUGAUGGAGUUCUCCGCGUUCGACGUCUCCGCCAGCUACACGAACAACCUUGCCAACGUCACCUGCUGCCUCUUCCUCCUCUUCCUCAUCAAGGACCGGAGGCAGGGCUGCGUUGUCUUCCUGAGCAUGUGCAUCUCCUACUUCCUGAACUACCUGAAGGACCAGUACGUUGUGCUCAGGCGCAGCUCCCGCAAGUUCUACUCGACUUGGCGGCUCACCUACGUGACCUUCGUAAUCUGGGCCUUUCCCACUCUGGUUCUCGCCGUGUGCCCUCACUACUGGAACUGGCGUGCCGGCGAGGGCAGCGUCAACAUGAUUGUGCUCUCUGGGCUCGUCCACAUGUUCAUCUACGGGCUAAUUCUCUACCUUUUGUUCGGCAGGCACACUGACCACUCCAACUUGCGCUUCAGUGACCUCGCUGAGGACAAGUCCUCUUCUCCCGAACAGGACCUCGAGUAUAAGCUCCACAAUCCGCUGUAUAAGCUCAAGUCGCUUUCCAGGCAAUAUAAUGUACUAUAG